CAAGGCAUUGCGUGCGGGGAAAGUGAUACUCGCACUCCUUUUCCUUUGAUCCCCAGCCUAUCACCAUGAUACCCACUCAAGCUCGCCGACUCGUCUACUUGCGAGCGACAUCACCACGCUAUGCGCUGCAUCACGGGACUCGAAGCUGGCCCUCAGCAGAGUCAGCCAACGAGCUGCAGAUCACCGAUCCAUUGGCAAUCUAUCAAGCAAAAGUAGCUAGGGGCGAGCUCGAUGAGGAUCAAGAGCAGGUCAAAGCAUUGGUCAAGCUCCGCAACUUAUCAAGAAGACUGCAAGACUAUACACCGCCUGCUCACUUGCUGGGAAUCCUCAACGGCGGGCAGGGACGCUCACUCACUGACUCCCAGGGAGAGACAUCAGCGAGUGGGACUGCCCAGCAACAGCAGCAACAGCAGCAGCAACAGCUCGUGCGCUAUCUCACCACGCAACAAACGCUCGCCGACCUCGACACUCCUCGUGGGCUUCUCAUCACCGGUCCACCAGGUACAGGCAAGUCGAUGGUGUUGGACAUCUGGUUCGACUCGCUCCCCACGAGAGGAAAAUUCCGUAGGCACUAUCAUCACCUCCUCCUUACCAUCUACCGCAUCAUUUGGGUAGAGGCAGAGAAGCGCAGGCAGGCAUUGAGGGGAGGAGCUCCUCCAACACCGCAAGCCACAAGUGAAAAGGACCUCGAGUGGGGUCAGCAUGUGUCCAGUGGGCCCAGGAGAAACACUGUCCUGCCCUCGCGCGGGACCGGGGUAGUAUGGAAACGAGGAGGAGAGCACGGCUUACGCCCAGACGGCAAAGGAUCAGGUUGGAGGCGCGUACUGCAAGGCAUGCCCUUCUUUCGCCCAGACUCCCUCUCUGACUCAGAUGGGGCUCAAGCUCAUCUCGAGGAGCAAGAGCGCAUGUAUGCAGAGGCCACGGCUAAUGUGGCUACAGCCAGCACCACGACACUGCCAUUGCAUGCGGCGGCCCAAAUGUUCCUCAACUACGGGCCCGUGAUGCUCUUCGACGAGGUGCAGCUGGUCGACAUUGCCUCGGCAGGCCUACUCAAGCGCACUCUGGAGGCGUACUGGAUGCUUGGUGGGGUCGUCGUUGGGUCGUCGAACCGCUUGCCGGAGGACCUCUACAACAAUGGCGUGCAGCAGCAGCAACUGGUCCAAUUCUUUGAAGCCCUCAAGAAUCGCUGCCCCGUCCACGAGAUGAAGAGCGAGCGCGACUUCCGUCGUUCCCCGGGCGCAGUCGAGUUUUGGACCUCCCUUGGGCUCGAUGAGGACAAGGCGAAAGCCAAGGUCGACGAAGGUCCGGCAAGCUCCCACUCACUGGCACGCACAGCGUACUAUCUCCGCUCCCAGGAGUCGGCUUUCCAGCAGCGGCUCAACGCGCUCAUCGACCAUCGUCAAUCAACUCCUACCACGCUCAAAGUAUACAACCGACCCCUGCACAUCCCCCUCGCCUACCCACCCACUUCCUCCUCGCCCUCCGUCGCAAUCUUCACCUUCCAUGAGCUCUGCGACUCGCCACUCGGCCCGGCCGACUACCUUACCAUCGUCUCCCACUUCGAGGAGAUAGUGGUACGUGACGUGCCGCAAUUGCUGCUGGUCAACAAGAACCUUGCGAGAAGAUGGAUCACUUUCAUUGACGCUGCAUACGAGGGUGGGACGCGUCUACUCGUGCUGGCGGACAGUGAGCCGGACGAGCUCUUCUUCCCCGAUGCAAGGGGAGAGAGGAGGGAGAACCGUUCCCGAGGCACUGCCGGGGGACAGAGUAGGAGGGGCCUGGGCCAGGGGCAGGCUGAGCCUGAUGAUGUGGUGGACAUGUCCGCUCGAGGGGCGCGAAGCCCCUUCUUGACUCCCAAGGCAGGGCAGGGGUACCCGGAAGAGGAAGAGCUCGCGGCUAGGAGAGCACAGCGGGACGGGCGGGAGGAAGAGGAAGAGUACUACGAUCUCGACUCGUCCGAUCUGAUUCAGAGCGAAACCCUCUCCGAAGCAAGGCAGGACGUGGAGGAAGGGUUCAGACCCAACAUUUCCUCUUACGUGGACGAGGUGUCACCCGAAGCCGCCUCCUCCUCUUCCUCCGCGCCACCACAGCGCACCGCUGCUCAGGAGAGAGAAGCCCGUCGUCUCGCCAAAGAAGCCGCUCGCGCCCGCGAAGAAGUGGUUGUGGGAUUCCCUGACCUGGCCAUAUUCUCAGGCGCAGACGAGCGAUUCUCUUACGCGAGGGCGGUGAGUCGUCUACACGAGAUGAGCAACGACGAGGUCUGGCGAAGGAGGAAGAGAUGGGCUCCUCUUCUGGAGAGCGAAUUGAUGCUUUGGGGGGUGCGUGAGGGGAGGGAGGGCGAAGAGGCCCCGGGCAGCUCUGCGAGCCGUGCGGGCCCCACUGGCCAUUCGUCGAGGGAGGCCCAUCCAACCUUGGCGGGCAUGACCGAUUUUGCGGACGAGGCGUCGUAUGAGGCAUCGACUUUCCCAGGGAGGACAUCAGCGUAUCGCGACGAUGAUCUCGCCAGCGUCGCUUCAGGUGGUCGACCAUCAGCAAUGAAAGGUGGACCCGUAGCGCACAACAUGCCCAGCACUGCCUUUGGACGCUCGCCCCCGCGCGACCUGGAUGCCGACGCUGGGGCGCAGCAGGUCGCCUACGAAGGGGAACGAUCCGCCCCUCCUCCGAGUCGCGAUGAAGAAGGCGGUCCCCCUCGUAUUUCGCCGGUGCACGUCUGGGGAAUGGUUGCCGAUUGGGGACCGCGCGCGGGACGAUGGGGUCAGGGACCGAAGGGUCUAGCCAAAGCCGGUGAUGAGGAGGACCUAAAGAGGGAGGCUGAACAAGCCGCGAGAGUGGGAAGGGAGCAGAGGGCAAACGCCAGGGAGAGGAGAGAGAGGGACAGGGACAGGGCGAAGCGGGCCAAUGGAGAGGAGUAGUGGCUUGCUAGACUUGAAUGCGCUAAUGAGUUGCAGCGAUUGAUUUGUAUGACUCGCCGCUGAGGUAACAUCGAGCUCGCGACGGUGAUGAUCAAGAUUAUUCGAUUGAAUUAGAGAAAGGAUGAUGAUGAUGUGAGAUCGAGAAGACCGAGAAACAGGAGCAUCAUACAUGAGAAUCAAGAAGUGGAAAGCGAGAGGAAGAUCGUGGAUCUAUCUCAGCCUCUAGCUGCGAACCAGCUGCAGUCGAGUGGGAGGGAAGAAUCAAA